UGGACGACGGUGCGAGCGCUUUUACAGGCCACCGAGUGGAAAAGGCGUCUCAGCUAUAAGCGUCACGGCACACGGGCUAUCCGGUAUAUCGGCUCGCCGACGUGGCCAGUCUUGUCAGUGCCCGGCUGA